GAGCAGGCUGGUUAGAACAGGUUGAUUAUUAUCGAUAGAUUAAAUAAUUAUGCAAAUUCAGUUCUUCAUUACACUGAUUUGGCCUAUUUGUGCCUACCCAAUCAUUUUCCAUUACAGCAGCUUGACGUAUUUAGAGACAUUUACUGCUUCAUUCAUUAUUGAAUUGCUCACUGCUGUGGAAUUACAGCGCUCUGGACUAUAGGACCUGACAGAACUGCUGGAAAAGCUUUAAAGUUAUGAGCAAAGAAGAAGGACGGAUCGAGGAGAGAGGGUACUGGGGGAGUAAAGCAGAGUUUCUUCUGGCUGUUGCAGGAAUUGUAAUUGGUCUGGGUAACGUGUGGAGGUUUCCAUACCUCUGCUACAAGAAUGGAGGAGGUGCCUUCCUGAUUCCAUACCUGGUGUUCGUAGUAACCUGUGGGGUUCCUCUUUUCCUGCUAGAGACAGCAAUGGGACAGUACACACGGGAAGGUGGAAUUACAUGUUGACAUCGCCUCUGUCCUCUGGCUGAAGGUAUUGGCUAUGCAGGACAGCUGUUAGUGUUAUACAGUUGCAUGUAUUACAUCAUCAUUCUGGCUUGGGCGCUUUUCUACCUCUUCUUCUCCUUCAGCUCUCAGCUUCCAUGGGCCAGCUGUGACAAUACCUGGAACACAGGUAAUAAGUGAAAUAAAUAAAGAAACUCAAAUGAAAAAUCAUAAUCAUCAUCAUCUGAUAACGUAACUCUGUUACUCUGUCCUUGUGUUAGAUAACUGUGUAAAUCUUGCUGCAAAGAAUCUAAUCAACCGCACAGCAAGAAUGAAUUCAACCUCUUCAACUACUGAGUUCUGGGAGUAAAUAAACACAUUUAUUUGUUUGUUUGUAGACUUUCCAUGGACAUCUGCUGUCUUAAAUACUAAAGUAUUUACUGUCCAUUGAACCUACCUGCAUGUAAACCUCUUAUAAAGAUUAAUUGUUUGAAAAUAAUAUUUUCUUUACUGACCAACCAAUGUGAAGCAAGUCAAAAGCAAAAUUUUACAAUAAAAGUAAUAGUUUUUAUAACUUCCUAUUUUGUUGUACUGACCUUUGGCUUACAUGUCAAAAGAUCAAUGAAAAUGAGAACUCCUUUAACAAAUCACACCCUUCACACACAAAUACAGGUAAACAGGUAUUGAGCAGAUGGGUAACAUCAACUGGGAAAUUCUACUGUGUCUCAUUGCAAUGUGGAUUGUAUGUUAUUUCUGCGCCUGGAAAGGUAUCAAAUCUACAGGCAAGGUGGUAUAUUUCACAGCCACAUUUCCUUAUGUGAUGUUACUGGUGUUGCUGAUUCGUGGGUUGACUCUUCCAGGGGCCCUACAGGGCAUCAUGUUUUACCUGUACCCUGAACCAUCCCGUCUCGCUGACCCACAGGUUUGGAUGGAGGCAGGAUCUCAGAUCUUUUUUUCUUAUGGUUUGUGUACGGCUUGUCUUACUGUACUAGGCAGCUACAAUAAAUACAACAACAACUGUUACAGGGACUGUUUAUGGCUUUGUCUUCUAAAUAGUGGUACCAGUUUAGUGGCUGGUUUUGCUGUGUUCUCAGUCCUGGGCUUCAUGGCCCAUGAACAGGGUGCCCCCAUUGAGGAGGUGGCAGAAUCAGGUCCAGGUCUAGCGUUCAUAGCUUAUCCACAGGCAGUUGCUAUGAUGCCUCUUCCUCAGAUGUGGGCUGUGUGUUUUUUCAUUAUGAUUAUUGUGCUGGGUCUAGACACACAGUUUGUUGCAAUGGAGGUUUUUAUGACAUCAGUGACUGACCAGUUCCCAACGGUGCUGCGCAAAACUGGACGUCGAGAAAUAUUUCUUCUCUUCUUCUGUCUUGGUUGCUUCUUAAGCCAACUUAUCAUGGUCACAGAGGGGGGGGUGUAUGUUUUCCAGUUGUUUGACUACUUUGGUUACAGUGGAGCAAGUCUUCUUUUCAUCGCUGUGUUUGAGUCUCUGGCCAUGGGCUGGGUCUUUGGUGAUGAGAGAAUGUUUGACAUCAUUGAAGACAUGACAAAGACACGACCCAACUUCAUAUUUAAACUGUGCUGGAAGUACCUGACUCCUCUUGUGUCUCUGGUGUCUCUUGUCUGUUCUCUGUUGCAGUACAAGCCCCUGACGUUUAACCGCUGGUAUGUGUACCCAGACUGGGCGUAUGCGUUAGGUUGGUUACUGGCCCUGUCCUCCAUUCUGCUGGUGCCAGGAUGGGCACUGGUUCACCUGUUGACUGGAAAAGGGAGCCUGAGAGAGCGUUGGCAUCUCCUGUGUAAUCCAGAUUCAAAACUCCCUCUCACCUGUAAGCAACGGACUAAAAUAGAGGAAACAUCUUGUACUGCAGUGAUGAAAGUCUUAGUCAGCACUGAGGAAAACUAACACAAGAAAUAUGAAAGACUUAGGUUUUAUUAAAUCUUGACAAAAACAAUAAAAGACAAUGUAAGCACUUUAAAUAAUUGCUAUAAAUAAAUGCUCUUAAU